UCAACAGGACGGUUGUCGUGUCCUUGCGGUAGAAAAGCGAACUGAAAGUGAAGGAGCUAGCCAGCUAGCAAGGUAGCCAGAGAUUGAACCGGUUUGUAGCCACUACUAGUUGCAAUUUCAUUGAUUUUGAUAUCGCAGCCGGACGUUUCUGAAAAGACCUCGUUAGUAUUAACUAGUUAGCUUACACUGGACGUGUUGCAUUUGUUUGCUUGCCAGCUAUCUAACGUUACUGUUACCUUUGACAUUUUGUUAUUAAAUUCAGUCGAUAGAUACUAAAAAUAGGUAUAAUUUUCUACAACCAUGGAAUAUAUGACACCCCUCCAGAAUAAGAGACGCCACGAAGGGGACCUUCAAAACUGGAAAGAUUGCCAAGCGAAACGACUGUGCAACGGAGUGGGAGUCUGCAUCCAGGUUGAACAUGGCGGGAUGGUGACUGACAGUGCCAUGGAUACAUGGGAUGCCAGCAUGCAACAGCAGGGUGUCCCAAACAGCAACAGCGGUGUCAGCAUCAACCACCCAGCUUCUAACAUGGUCUAUGCAGUCCAAGGCAGCCAACGUUGUAAUCGGUGCCUGGCAGGGGAGCCUGGGCACAUUAACCACAUCAUGGGCUAUUGAUCGGUUAUCGUCAUGAUCAGAGAUCGUUUGAAGAACUGAAGGAUCCUUGAGGAUGAAGAGAAUGAUUGAUUGAUUGAUUGAUUGAUUGAUUGAUCAAGCCAUUGUGGCUGUGAACGUUUUAUCAGUGUGCCUUUUCUCUCGCUUUUAACCACAAGCACUGUAUGCUUCAUGUAUAGCCUCACAUGUUUACACUACCUAACACUGUUAUUGGGAAAAUGGCUACUAACCAGACAGUAGACAUGUUCAUUUCAUACCGUCUUACUAACGUUCUGUUUGAAUGGAAAGAUAACCACUACAGUGUAGUCCACAUACAACCAUAAGGAAUGAGCCAUCAAGCCACAAUUAAUACUGUAACUUUACAAUGUAAUGUGGAUACUCACUUAAAGUCAAUGGAUGUAUUUUUAAAAAUUACUUAUUGUCCCAGUAUCAAGACUGCUUCUAAAGCUGCCAGAAAAUAUACAUGUAAAUAAUAAUAUUGAUAAGUAAAAACUUUUAAAGUUAUAUAAUUGUUAACCUUUUUGAAAUGGAUAAUCCUGUCUGCAAAUAUAUUUUUGUGAAAUACAUAUUUUAUAUAUUUUUCUAAAAUGUAAUUGGCUGAAUAAUAAAAUAAGAAGUUUGUAACAAUAUUUGUGCUAAUCAUUUAAUUUUUGGAAUGUGUCCUGAAUUUAGUGUUAAUCUCAUUAACAUUUUCAUCCAGUUUUCAAUAGUUUGAUCUACACUUGAAAUGUAGAGCCGUUUGACAAUGAUUUGCCUAUUUCCCACUAGAUCUGGUUUUGUGUUGUCUUACAGUGAUUUGUCUAUUUCCCACUAGAUCUGAUUUUGUGUUGUCUUACAGUGAUUUGAAGCCAGUUUCCACCUUGCCAAGCAGUGAUUUUUAUGCAAGGAAUAGACAAUAGUCGAUGCUGUUAAAUUUCAGGUUAUGACUCAAUGUAAUAGUUUUUAUUUUUAGUACAAGGAAAAACAACUUUCAAUAAAGUAUGAUUUGAUGAACAAUG